CGCCUUCGCUCCGCGCCAUCGCGUAGGAAUCCUUUUUCCAUCUACGCAUUCCUUGUAUUCCUUUCGCCUCUCCUCUCCAUGCUUUCUUUGUUACGGAGUAGGCAGCAGUCAAGAAAUACCACCUCUCUGUUACAAGUAAUGGCCCGUACGCGCAUGUCGAGCUCUGUCUCGGAACAACGCCCACCUAAAAGGGCCCGAAAAACAAAGAUCAACGAUGAAAAACUGCAGGGUGCUGAGGUUAAAAUUGGAAAAAGUCUUGCCUCGUCACACAGCCUUUGGCAUGUUGGUGCCCACGUUUCUGUCGCUGGUGGCAUUGAGAAUGCAGUAUUGAACGCGGCAUCUAUAGGGUGUGUUACAACAGCUAUACCUCAAAAAUUCUCAUGCUAUGUUUCACGUAGAGCUGAUGCUUUCGCGUUAUUCGUAAAAUCACCCAGGAAGUGGGCAUCUAAUCCUUUCAAAGACUCAAUGGUCGAAAACUUCAAGGCGCGUAUGAGGGAAUACCACUACGGACCUAGAGAUGUUCUAACACAUGGAAGCUAUCUUAUCAAUCUCGGCAAUCCAGACUUUCAAAAGAGAGAAAAGUCAUAUGAAUGCCUUGUUGAUGACCUAAACCGUUGCCAGCAGCUCAGUUUGGAGGUUUAUAACUUUCAUCCAGGUUCGUCUGUGGGUGCAGCGACGACCGCGGAAUCAAUAGGUCUCAUCGCGGAGUGCCUGAAUCGGGCGCACAAAGCUACAACAUCUGUAGUAACUGUACUUGAGAACAUGGCCGGUGGCGGCCAUAUCAUCGGCUCUGAUUUCUCUCAUCUCGCAGAUAUCAUAGCAGCAGUAGAAGAUAAAUCCCGCAUUGGAGUUUGCUUGGAUACAUGUCAUAUGUUUGCAGCCGGCUACGACAUCCGAACCAAACAAGGAUGGGACGACACGAUAACAAAGUUUGAUCAACAAGUUGGCUUGUCAUACUUGCGCGGAAUGCACCUGAACGACUCCAAGACAGAUUUCGCGUCAAAUCGUGAUCGCCACGAGAACAUCGGCAUGGGCCGUAUAGGAUUGGAGCCGUUCCACUACAUCCUAACUGAUCCUAGAGUUCAAGGUAUACCUCUUAUUCUGGAGACUUCUGAACCAGAGGCAUGGGCCACGGAGAUUGAGGUGCUGAAUGAGCUCUCCACCUGUACCAAACUCGAUGAUAAGAAGAAAAAGGCGCUCCUCUGUCGCAUUCGAAAGAGCCUGGAAAGAGCUGGUCCUCCUUACAAGGCAGGUUCAAGACGAAGCCAGCGCGCAAAGAAAACCGAUGACGAUGAUAAGGAAUGCGAUCGCUAAGUUUUGGACCUGAAGAUAGCAGUGACUUGUUUACAGUAAGGGAGAGGCAAUGAGGCGUGAUGCUGGCCGCUGUAUAUUUAACGUUGUGAUAUUCAGGCUAUUUUUACUUUUGGACAGCUCAGUGUCUUAUCACAUAUAUGACCGCUUCUUCGUUUUCGCUGAAUAUGUCCCCCCCCCAAUCCACCGGCACAUAAUUCACAAGCCCUCAUUGAAAGCGGUAAAAGAGAACGAACUUGGCUCUUUUAUGCGUUUCGUGCAGCAUUUGUAGC